AUGGAUUCCUACACGCAUUUGACCACUACAUGCGGCCUCAGAGUCUUUAAACUCUCGGAGCUUGAGAAGGCAACCAAGAACUUCAGCUCAUCUCGCCUCAUUGGAGGGGGAGACUUUGGAUCUGAGAUUUUUAAGGGAGUCAUCAAGGAGGCCAACAACACAAAACUCAAUGUACUUGUCUAUCGGAUCACCCGAAGACCUACUCUUGAGGCAAAAAGCGACGAAAAGUGGGCGAGGGAGCUCAUAAAGCAAGUAUCGGCUAUUGAUGAUCAUCCAAACCUUGUUAGAGUGGUGGGAUACUGUGUCACUCGAUACAAGAAGAAGGUACAUGUAGAGCCUGUGCGAUUUAUAGUGGAAGAAGAUGCAUGCAAUGGAAAUUUACAUGACUAUCUACACAGGGGGCGGCAUCAACCUCUUUCAUGGGCAAAGAGACUUAGCAUACUCCGAGAUGUUGCUCGAGGCUUGGCUUAUUUGCAUCAUGACUUAGAUAACAAGAUAUUAUCAUUUAAGUCCUCCAACAUACUCCUGGAUGAGAACUUAAAUGCCAAAUUGUCAGAGCACGCGACGGCAACACUAGGUCCUUUCGAUGACAACCUGAUGGACGUUCCAAUCAUAUCUAUGAAGUAUGAAGCUCCUGAACUCAUCAUGCUAGGACAAUUGACGUCCAAGAGCAACGUGUGGAGCUAUGGCGUUUUUAUUUUGGAGCUCAUAACUGGUAAGCAGCCAUAUGAUGGACACAGAAAGUUUAAGAAACUAUGGAGCUCCAGCAGAAGCAACUUGGAGAUGAUGAUAGACCCCAAGCUUAAAAGACAGUAUUCGGUCGAAUCUGCCAUGGCGCUAGCAGCACUUGCAGCUGAUCAUUGCUUGCAAGAUGAUCCAAAACAGCGACCUAAAAUGAGUGAGGUCCUCGCAAUGGUGUCUACAAUGGCAGAGACAUCAGAAUUUUGA